GGAGGCGGCCGCCGUGAUAGUAGUAGCCGGAGCCGGCGGUGGCGGGGCGGGACGGGACUGAGCCGAGGAGGCGGCGGCUUGCUGCUCGUGCAUUGGGUGUCGGGCACGCGGCCACCCCGCGGGAGCGACGGCCAGAGGCGCGAGGGCGAGCCCCGGCGGCUCCGAUGGAUGGAUUGGCCUGGGGAGCGACGGCGGCCGCCCUGGUGGGCCACGGCGCUUCUGCUCUGUUGCCUGCCUCCGGUCCCGCCAGUACUGUGCCAGCAGUGCCAGAUCCAGAGCUGCAACGCUCACUUCGUGGCCGCCUCCUCGCCUAGCCCCGCCCUGCCGGAAGAGCUGCGGCCGGCCGACGAAUACUGCGCCGCCCUGCGCGCCUACGCGGCCUGCACCAAGGGCACGGCCAAGUCCUGCCGGGGGGACCUGGUUUACCACUCGGCCGUCUUCCGCAUAAAGGAGCUCUUCGGCCAGCACAACUGCUCCAGCCAGGGCCCCACCUCCUCCGUGAGCGCCCCCGCUCCUCCGGACCCUCUCGGCUCCCAGAUCUGCAACUACACCAGCCGGCCGGGCACCCGGAGCAGGUUUGCCCUCUGUGGGCUGUUCGGGGAUCCCCACCUGCGGACGUUUAAGGACGAGUUUCAGACCUGUAAGGUGGAGGGGGCUUGGCCCCUCAUAGACAAUCGCUAUCUCUCUGUCCAGGUCACCAACGUUCCCGUGGUCCUGGGUUCCAGUGCCACCGCCACCAGCAAGAUCACCCUGAUCUUUAAGCGCUACCGGGGCUGCACGGAGCAGAAGGUCUACCAGGCGACCACCGAGGACCUGCCCUUGGCGUUCAGCGAUGGCACGCGGAACGGCGGCGGGAGGGCAGAGGGGGCUGGCAGCCUGCGCAUCCUGGAGAAAGCCGCCACCGGCCAGGUGGAGAUCCAGGCCCGCCACAUCGGCGGUACCAUCGUCAUCCGCAGGGUCGGGCACUACCUCACGUUCGCUAUCCGGCUGCCCGAGGAGACCCUGGGUCUGGCCGGCGGCGACGGGGGUGACGGUGGCCUUCAGCUGUGCCUCCACGGCUGCCCCAAGAGCGAGCUGAUCCAGGGGCACCGGCUGAGCCUCGGAAACUCCGGCCUGGCCCCCCGGGCCUUUUCGGCAGAAAGCGCCACGGAGCGCUGCCGCCGCAUCCUGCGGGUGGAGGACGUCUACUUCCAGUCCUGUGUCUUUGACCUCCUGACCACCGGUGACCCCGACUUCUCCAUGGCUGCCUAUGGGGCCUUGGAGGACCUGAGGGCUCUGUACCCUGGGCCACUCCAGCUCCAUGCUGCCUCUGGCACCAAGGGGGCUCCCGGCGGGCCCGGCACCGCUGUGUUGGGCACUCUGGCCUUGCUGCUGUGCUGCCUCUGGGUCUGAGCCCCCCAACCCAUCCCACUCCAGAACCAUGAUGCCAGCCCCUGGGGAGGAGACUCCCAGCCCACCUCUCCGGGAGCUCUAUUUCAUGCCGCCCAUCCUUUCGGUGCUUAUUGACACAGACCCUGAAAUAGUGCACUCUCCCCACCCCCUCCUCCCAGCAGUGGUCUAUGGGCGUGAUGCGUGGGAUGCUGGUGGUUGGCAUUUUCUGCCAGGUUCUCUGGUCUCUGGCCUUCCUCCACCCUGAGGGCCUGCCUGACGCUCAGGCACCCCCACCUCAGCUUGCCCCACGGUGGCCAGCGUACCGCAGGCCCGGUCCCAUCUCUCGCCUAGCCCCUGCCCAGUUACUCUGGGCCUCGGGCCCCGAUCACAGUCAGAUUCUGUACUCUCACUAUCCUCUGGGGGCCCCUGCCUGUCAGUCAUCUGGGGGUGGGCUCAGCGGGCAACUUGAGCCUAGGCCAGGACUGGCCGGUAACCCUCUUCCCAGAGGCAUAUUGACGGCCUCUUCUCCGGUGGGUUACGACAGACAUCUCCUCCAGCCGGGUGGGGCGGAGAGACGUGGCGGAGCUGUGCCCUGUGUACCCUCCUUGGUGGGGGUUAACGUGUGAAGAAAACAGACCCUUUCCCCUCCCUCCCGGCCCCAGCACGGGUCUCAGCGGGGCCUCUGUUCUUGGGGUCGCUUCCAAGUCCAGCCCCCUGACCUCAACCACAGACCUCUCUCCCUCUGAGACUAUAAAGGCCCUUUUCCUCCAAGCUUCAGGUCCUCCUCUUUCAGGCCAAAGUCCUGCUUCUUCAGGAGGCUCCUUGAGACCUCCCCGGGAGGAAAGGGGGGCAGACAGCCAGAGCAGUGGACACGUGGCAAAAAAGAGCAGAUCCUUUAGCAAGUAAACCUUUUAUUAAAUAAACUUCAGAUUCUUUAGACCAGAGGAGUUUGGGACAUUAAGACAAUGCUGUUCUCACCUGCAACAUGUGACAGUCACAUAGGUAACUCCGGUAGAAGAAACAGAUUUUUCUGACAUGUAAUUCAAACCAGAUAGAACCUAAGAUCUUCCAAGUUUUUUUUUUUUGCUUUUUUUUGUUGAAAAUUAGAUCAGUUCAAACUUCAUGAAAUUACUCGUAGCAGAAAUAAAGUACAUUGUACAAAUCACGUACAGAAUAGAUGUUAAGUAUAAAAAUGGUAUUUACAGUCAGUAAACAUGGACUAUAGAAACACACAAACUCCCUCUCGCACUCUCGCGGCUCAAGGCGAGACCGAGCCGCCCGGCCCCUUGAAAAGUCCUCGAGAAACAGCGCCCUUCCCCGCGUCUCUCCUGGCCCCCACCACUGCCACGUCGUCGCUUGCACACACGUUCACACGUACGCACCACCCGCACGCCCAGGCACACACACGGAUGCACGCACACCGAUAGGAAUGUUCUUGGUACAUUUUCAAACUCUGGAACAUUGAAACGACUGUUCAGAUCUUUUUGUCUUUCAGCGUAUUUUGGUAGAGACCAACGGGACUGGUAACGAAUUGGGUUUCUUAGCGAUAAGCAUCCCUAGUUUGGGAGUCUUAACCCAGCUCUGAAUUCUAUUCUGUGCUUAAGGCGGGGUGGGGGGGACGGGAAGGGAGAGGAGCAGGAGGGAGGACAGAAAUCUCAGUAACGGGGAUAUAAAGCCGGGUAGGUAAACUUAGGCUGCCCUCCUACAAUAGGACUCUCUCUGUGACCAAUCCAUUGUAUUUUGUUCUCUGCCUUGGACUUGCUCAGAAAAGCUCUGCACAAAUGA